AUGUGCGAUGUUUGCCAAGUACGACGAUCAUUUCAUAAACAACCAGCUGGAAAGCCAAUUGUUUCAUUAGGUUUUUUAACUAGAUUACAGGUCGAUUUAAUGGAUAUGCGAAGCACAGUAUAUGAUGGAUUUUGUUUUAUAAUGCAUUGUAAAGACCAUUUUACGAAAUUCAGUUGGUUAUUUCCGUUGAAAUCAAAAGAAGCUAGUGGUGUUGCUUUUCAUUUAAAAAAUAUAUUCUAUACUUUCGGUCCACCAAGAAUUUUACAAUCGGAUAAUGGAAAGGAAUUUGUAGCCAAUGUAAUUCUGAACUUAAAAAACGAUUGGCCAGAAUUAUUAAUCAUUAAUGGACGUGCACGGCAUCCACAAAGUCAAGGUCUUGUUGAAAGAGCCAAUGCUGUCGUUCAACAAAUGUUAGGUAAAUGGCUUGAUGUAAACAAAACUUCUGACUGGCCAAGUGGUUUAGGACCUGUUAUGUUGUCAAUCAAUAAUUGUACUUCGCAAAGUACAAAGAAAACACCAUAUGAAAUGGUCUUCGGUCAACCAUGCAGAAUUGAUCAUGAAUUUUGGUUAGAAUUACAUAAAGAAUCAUCAACAAAUGAUUCAAUUGUUAAUGAAGAAGAUUUACCUGGUUCAUUUCUUCAAAAAUUAAAUACUGUUACUACUUCAGUUUCUACUAAUAUAAAUGAUCAAAGCCAAAUUUCUGAUGAAACUUCAACAUGUAUAUCAUCUAUUGAUUCACAUAUGAUUUUACCUGUUAAAGAAUUGACAGAAACAUCACAUAAACGAAUUCGAGAUGAAGCUGAAAAAAAUUACAUUCAUACAGUAGAACGUCAAUUGAAAAUUUAUGAACGUGCAUUGAAAAAACAAAAAUCUUUCGAAAUAAAUGAUAUUAUUGGUUUGAAAAUAGCAGAUGUUGAUCGGUCAAAUACAGCACCAUCUAUUUUACCUUGCAAAAUUAUUGAAAUAAUUAAAAAGGAUGAUCCUAUUAAUGUAUUUUAUAAAUUAGCUACACAAGAUGGUAUUAUUAGUGAAUUAUUUUCAUCAUCUGAAUUUAUGGAUUUGACUCAAACCGUCUCAUCUGAUUUACGUAAAACAGAUAUAACUCAAUUAGCAAAUAUUACAUUUAUUCAAGCUUGUCAAAUAUUCACUAAAUUUAAAACAAAUAGACCUUGCAAAUAUACUCAAAUUAAUAUGGACGAUGAAAUUUCUCAUACACUGGAACAAAUAGUUGAUGGUAUUUCUGUAACAACAACUGAUAAUAGUUUGCAUAAUACAGUAGAAGAAGAAGAUGAUCAUAAUGAUAAGGAAGAAGAUACAAAUAUAUCUCAAACUGCUAUACCAACAACAGUUGAACCAACUUUGAUUAAUAUCAAUGAUAUCAAUACCAAUAUUACAUUUCUAUGGAAAAUUCUUGCAUUUGUUACCUGUAUUUAUUCUAAACGAAUUUUUACAAAUGGACAUGGUACUGGAGAAAUUUCAAAUUGGGAUUUAACUGAUCAAUCAGGUUCAAUUACAUUGGUGGCUUUCAAUUUAAAUUCCCAUAUAAUGGCUGAUAAAUUGAAAAAGAAUCAAGCAUAUGAAUUUACAAAUUUAACAAUUAAAUCUGCAGUGGAUAUUUACAAAACGUUGCCACAUCCUUUUCAAUUGACAUGUACAAAUGGAACACGUGUACGUGAAAUAGAUUCACCAUUUGUUCUUGAACAAAACACAUAUAAUUUCACACCACUAAACCAAAUCAAUAGCCUUCCAUUGAAUUCCAUAAUUGAUGUUGAAGUUCGUGUUUUACGUGAUUUUGGUAUUUCAACUGGUACAAAAAAUGAAACAAUAUGGAGUCGACGUGAUAUACAUGUUGAUCAAGAUGGAUCUCAUAUUGGUAUGACAUUAUGGAAUGAACAAGCUCGUCUUGUGAAAAAAACUAUGAUUAAUCAUCGAAUUAAAUUUAAAAAUGUAAAAAUAUCAUGGUUUGAUGGUAUAGUGUAUAUUAAUUGUAAUCCUGAUACUGAUGAUUGUCGUAUUGGACCAAUUUGUUGUCUUAAAAUACUUCAUUUAUUAUUAAAUUUCGACGAAAAAUUUAAUUAUAAUCAAAAUAUUAAUAUUGAUUUUAUCUUUCAAAAAUUCCUUGUUUUGGAAGCAUCGACUUCACAAAAAAUAUCAUACCAUUUUAUUCAUAUAAAUGAAAACAUUCUUUUUGAUAACAAUCAAACUUUCGGCUUGUUUUUUAAAGUUACAAUUCAUUUUUUUCUUUGGAUGAUUAUCAAACAUAAAUGUAUAUCGUUCCAUAUUACUCAAUCAUUAGAAAAAUGUACCAUCCCAAGUUUAAUCGAUUUAUUAGGAAAAUAUGUUAAUCUAUUACGUACAUCUUGUAGAGAAUGCUAUAUAUAUUCGAAAUUUCUUACGGUUGCAGAAGUUGCCUAUCUUUUAGUUUUAAAUAAAGAAAAUCAAUAUACUUUGGCUAUUGAUUUAGGUGUUUAUUCAAAAAAUCAACAAUUUCGUUUAUUUGAUUGUGUAAAAAAACAAAAAGGAAAUGCAUUAAUUCAAAGUCUUUCUUUAACAUCUGCUCAAUCCGUUAAAUAUUCAUAUAAUGAAAUAUUGAAAAACUCGUUAUUAACGUAUCAUGAAAAAACCAAUGUAUUUAUAUUAUCGGAAAAAGAUAAUCAAUUUGUAUAUGAAGAACUAGAUAUUGUUGAUAAAUCAAUAUUUCAAACUUGUGAAUUGAUUAAUAUAAAUAAACUCAAUCAUCAUAUAAAAAAUUUUUAUCCCAGUUCAACAAACUAUACAAAUAGAUCUAAUCGUGAUAGAUCAAAUUUUUCUUCAUCUAUUACAAGACCUACUAAAACUGAUUUAUUGGACACAACUAUAGAAAAAUUUAAAUCAUUUGUAGAAAAGCUAAUUACAAGUGAUCCGUCUCAUUUAGGCUAUAUUCGAUCAUACGUUCAUGGUAAUCGUAAUUCGGAUGUGAUAUUUUUUAACAUAGGAGGUGAAUAUAGAUUUUGUCCUUUUAUAAAUAGACAUCAUAAAAGAAACACGACUGCAAUUUUUAUUGACAUAAAUAAUCGGACAUUUACUAUUCGCUGCAAAGAUCCAGAUUGUAAACAUACGAAUUUAUUUUGGCAUAAAAUUGAAUAA